UAAUAGCUGUUUAAAUGAAAACAGGCUAUUAGGAAACGUACCUCAAUUUUCGAGAUAUUGGACGGCACAACCUCGACCGUGCAUAAGUGGACACCCACAGCACGGUGUAGACGGGACGGACACUCAAGUUGCCGGGGCACAUGCAUACAACGAUGACCAGCAAGGCAGCAAAAGUCUCAGUGCACAGAAGAUGCACACUGCUUGACUUACUUCACGAGCAUGAGCCGUGGGGAACGACAGACAGUGACCCCAAGCGUCCGUUAGAGAUUCUGGCCAGCUGCUUAGCGACAUUCAUAUCAUGGAUGCGAGACCGACAGCCUAUAGCUGUGUGCAUACAGACCGACACCGCAGUAGGCUGGAAACUCACAGUGUGCGCACAAACGACAGACAACGUAGAGCACCCCGUAUCACUUGAUGACGCAAUACAGAGGCUGGCACAGCUUGAGUACCCACAGGCUGGACAUCUUGCAGCUACAAGCAAAGAGGCCGCCGAGCUCACACGCCGAUUGCUAGACCUUAUGAGAUCUGCCGGAACACUCUUUAGCGUGCACAUACCCGAGCUGAAGCAAAACAAAUGCAGGACGCAUUUCAGAUGCACAAGGAGAUCGCUAGACCCCAAAGACUGGAUGGCUAAUGAGGACAAGCGCAAUGCCUCUGUCGAGUGGCUACGAUGCCGACCAGAGGAGUGUGAGCGCUGCCCGGUCCUUGAGAGACUCAAGACAAUGCCUGCCGUGGUCAACACCAACGACGCUCUUGAAGCUGCACAUGAGGCGCGAUGCGUAGGCAUCGGGGGAAAGACCACCACCACUAUUGGUAGGGACUUGGAGAUGAUAUGCACGCUACGAUGGGCGGUAGUCUCAUUUCUCAAGCUAAUGGACGUACCACCGUGUGCCAGGUUCAUGGCAGGCAUCGGGUCGAUUGCACGGUCAACAUACGUGGGCGAACAUGAACGCGUGGAGCUGGGGACAAUAGGCACGAUGCUCGACGCCCACGCAGAGCACCUGGACGAAAACGCCAUCAUCACGCUGCUGACGUACGAACGUCGCCGGCUUGACGAGAUGCCAGCGAUGCACACCGGAUGCCCAGCUCAAGAUGUAGACAACAACACCCCCGUAACGUUAGCGGUACACCAACACCCUGAGAUCGUAGCAUGGUCCGCGCUCUGUGGAUUCGACGCUCGGGGAGAACGACAACCAACAAUAGUAGUGUCACAGUCCCCAUGUGUAAUGUGUGAGAUAUGGUGCGACGCCGAAGGCGUGCGACUUGUGAACGCGCCUAGUAGCGAUCUUGGGCACCCCGUAAAUCACACGUGGAUGUUCCCAUCGCACCCCCACGCCAACCUCAGUCGCACCAUGAGACGCAUCACACAGGAGGUAGAACACAGCAUACGCCAGCAUGCGUAUUUUGAUACAAAAACCGCGUACUCGAGAUACACAGAUGCAGACAAUAAUUUUGAAGACGAGCUCACAGGCAAGCACAAUACAAUGGCUGGUUUCAACAGCAUCAUACAGAGAACACGGCCGGAUCCAUAGUACCGCAUGACAGGCGAGGAGAUACCGUAGGCCAUGGCAACCAACGCACAACGCACGCCUACGCGCUGCGCCCCGUAGCACGCCGGCAUGCCAAGGCGGCGAGGCAUGAGCAGCAGCAC